AUGAAUAGAAGUUUCAAAGAAGUUAAGUUGUGCGAAGAUGACUUAUCAGACUUGGAAAUGUUGAGGAAUAUAAUAGACGAGAGAGGAGGCGAGGAUCCACUGCAUAUAUUAAAUUUAGGAGAUGUAUUAGAAAAACACCGAGUUUGGAUUCGAAAAAUGCCUCGAGUCGUUCCUUAUUUCGCAAUAAAGUCUAAUCCUAAUCCGACUGUCAUCAAACUUUUAGCUUCAAUCGGUGGACACUUUGACUGUGCAUCAAAGGAAGAAAUUAUUCAAGCGACCAGUCUUGGAGUACCAAGCGAAAGAAUAAUUUUUGCUAAUCCUAUAAAGUUCAAGUCUCACAUAGAAUACGCAAAAAAAGUUGGCGUCAUGCUGAUGACCGUUGAUCACGAAGAUGAAUUAAAGAAAAUCAAAGAAAUAUAUCCAGAAGCGAAAAUUCUGAUACGAAUUCGAUGUGAUGCCAAAGUGACCGACGCAGUUUUAGGCAAAAAAUUUGGCUGUGAUCCCGAAGACGAAGCAGUCAACUUGAUAAAAUUGACGAUCGAAUUAGACUUGGAAUUAAAUGGUUUCUGUUUCCACACUGGUAGUCCAUGUGGAGAAGUCGCCGCAAUUUGCAGAGGAAUAUAUAUAUGCAACAAACUAAUCCAUAUUGCAAGAUCUUUUGGUUGCGAUCACGUGAAUAUAAUCGAUAUUGGCGGCGGUUUCCCUGGAGAACGUGACUGCGACCUCGGUGAGUUUGCAGAACCGAUAAAUGCUGCGCUAGACGACAUCGAUUUUUCAAUAAAAAUCAUCGCUGAACCUGGAAGAUAUUACGUCACAUCAGCAGUCACCGCAGCUGCGUGUGUUCUUGGCAAAAAAACUGUGAUACGAGAGGGAAAAAAGACUUUUAUGUACUAUGUAAGUGACGGCGUGUAUGGGUCGUUUAUCGAAGAAUUGUUAGACAUCCGUGCAAGACAUCCAGUAACUGUGAACGCUACACGCGUAGACAAGGAAAAGUAUCCGUCUACAGUAUGGGGUCCUACUUGUGACUCCUACGAUUGUUUAUUGAAAGAAGAGCUUUUAUCAGAAUAUUACAUAGGAGACUGGUUAGCUUGGUAUAACGUCGGUUCCUACGGAACGUGUCUGGCAAAUGAGUUCAAUGGAUUUCGAGCGCCAAAAGUAUACCCAGUUAUGAAGAGAAAAGAUUGGUAUUCGUUGAAUAAUUAAAAACAAUAAUUUUGUUUAUUACUGAUUGCAAAUUCUGAAGAGAAUGUUAAAGUAGAUUACAGAUACUUCCUCGGAGAUUCCGUUAUUUUCAUGUAACAUUCUACUAACAUCUAAUAUGCUAUCAUUAUGAAAUCACUUGAGAAAUUGAAGA